AUGUUAAACUCCAAUAGCCCAGAACUUCUCAGUAACAUAAUCACACAUUACUUAGCGAAUGAAAAUGUCGCUCACCAAAGCUUAUCCUUCAUAUUGGAUGUUAUUAUCAGUCAUCGACUACUUAAUGAUAAUCUUGACACCUCAGAAGAUGUGGCAAACAUGUAUAGGAAGUGGACAGUUCGUUUGAAUGCUCUCUUGCAAUCAAAGAAUGUCACAGCACGUUGGUGUGCAAUUUGCUUGAUACGAGUCUCUUGUGAAAAUUCUCAUUAUUUAUUGAUAAACAACGCCAAAGCUUGGGCAGCACAACUCUUGGGACUUCUUGCUAAAGCAGAGCCAGUUAUGAUACACCGAGAAUCUAUAGAAACAUUGUCGUUCAUGUUCGAAUAUACUGCAGAGAAACCAGAGCUGCAAAGAGAAGUAGCAACACCGAAUAUGCAACGCUACAAUCAGUUACUACUCCAACUCGCUCGAAAGCAGGAACUUUUGCCUACCGUUCUUUCUGCUCUAACUAGUAAUGUCAAACAUUUCCCAGCGAACGCUCGACACAUCUCAGAUCAAUGUCUACAGCUAUGUUUAUCCUGUUUGGAUGGAAAUAAGGAUUUAGAUGAGGCAACGCUCUCAAAAGUCAACGAGUGUUUAGCCUCAUUAUACAAUGCAGGCGGCAAAUCAGUUAUGGCAGAACAAUGGAAGGAUAGUAUCAGUCGAUUGGUUGGUUCUGUACAUGAUUGUUUAAACAGACUCUUUGAUACGAUCGAUGAAGAAACUCAGGACACACAAUUACCAGAAUCGUAUCCCUUUUCAGCUGUUCCGAAAGAUUAUAUUACAGCUUUUCCUGUGUUAAUGAAGCGUGUUCAACUAUUACAAAAUUGCAUAAGCACUUUCUUAACUUUGCCAACUAGUAUUCCUGUAGGCGUUCCAAUUACUCAACUUGUUGAUUUGAUUUGCCGAAUUUAUAGUGUAUAUGAAGGAUCAUUGUCGCUAACAGUCUGCUUAUUGCAACAGAUGCGGGAAUUUAAGGACAAGAGUGAGUUUUUUACAUUGAACAUGUGCCUCCCCAGUAUUCAUUUAAGCACGAGCAAGCUGUUUGCGAGCUUACUUUAUUGCUCAGGACAAGAUAUGGUUCGAUAUAGUAAACUUUUUUCAAGGAUACUACAUCGCUUACUGUCAGAAUACAAGCACAAACGCGCCUUGAAAAUAUCCAUUUAUAGAUUAGUCUCAUUAUGCUUGGAAAAAUGUGGUUAUGCUUUCGCUGAAAACAUUCACAAGCCUCUGAUCACUGCUAUUUUAGAUGACCUCUCCAUUGUUCAACACAAAGUAACAGGCAUUACUUUCAAUACGAACCAGCAAAAAAAAUCGCAUAAAAAGCGACGCACAGAAGUCACCAAUUCGGAUGCGUUGUCCACCAGCACGAAACUCAUGUCAGCCGCCUCUACUGAUGUGCAAAUUGCCGCUCUCGAAGCAUUAGCCAGCCUUUACGAUAUUUACGGCUUCUCUAUGGAGAAUGGCAGCAGAGCCUCAAUAGAUGGCACUGUUCUAAAUCGACUCAUUCAGUUGAUUCAGCCCUUCAAUAUGACGACAGAAGAAUGCAUGCUAGUCAAAGCAGAGCUCUAUAAUUGUCUGCUGAAAUCUGUCAUGCAUCCAAUUGAAACACAAGCCAGUAUCUUACCUCACGCUUCUCGUUUGUUUGCAAGUGGCUUAAACGAGUCAUCUCAUUAUUUACAAACUAUUUGUAAGAAAGGGCUAGCCAUGUGUGAUUUGGUUAUGCACGCAAGAUUACCGCCUGUUCAACGUCCAGUACCAAAAAGCGCACCACCCACAGUCGUUGUUACAACACAAGAAGUGGGUACUGAAGUUGACGUUGAAAGGUCUUCGGAUGUGACAAGCAGCCGUAGAGAGAAAUCAAUGGAUGAUGUGGAACUGGUUGUUGAAGAGAAAAUGGCAAGACCAACCGAAGAAGUAAAAAAUGUUACGGAGGACAAACCGACGCUGAAGUUGAAGCCUGUAGUUGUUAUUCCUGUUCCAAGCGGACAAGAAAAUGUUGGAGAACCUAUUGCGACGACGAAAGAAAAUCAAACUAAAAAACAACUUGAUCAAAUUGUGAGCAUAACUCAUACGACUGAUAUAUCCGUAGAAAAAGAAGCUUUUGAAAAUGAGACAGUAGAUAAAGAAAUAGAAAAACCAACCGAGGUAGAAAAUGUAUCCGUCGUCCUUGAGCACAAAAACGUUGAGGAGGACACAAAGGUCGAGAAUCCGCUUUCUUUAUCUGCGGUGAUAGAUAACGAUAUGGAUAUGGAUCUUGAUAUGGAAAUGCCCGUUAUUGAUAUGACUGAUCCAGACACUGAUGAAGAUGACGAAUAA